CAAAAAAAUCUUGAAACCCGUCUCUCGGACAUAGAAAAAAAGCUCAAUGAUAAUAACAAAAAUAAUAAUAAUACAAUAGAUCUGGAGUAUGUAAAGGAGCUCAUUAAAAAGGUGUCGAAAAUUUUAUUUGAAAAUUUUGUUUAUCCUUCACAAGACGAGUACAAACUUGCUAUCGAAAAAUAUUUAAAAGAUGAAAAUCCGGAAUUUAUACGCCAGUUCAAAAAAAAUCAAUGGAUUAUUUUGUUCGAAAAAAAUUGUCCCGACUUACAACAACAUAGAAGCAUACGAGGGGCGUUCACGUCUAGAGUCAAAGACGUUAUGUAUUCUGUUUUCGAAGUGACUGGGCAUAAAUUACCGUCUAUUAACACUCAGGCUAGUCCGUCAAAGAUUCAGAAAUGGAAGAGUAAGGCAGAGGUGAAAAGAUGUUACAACAACCUAUUUAAAAAGGUUAAAGAUGGACAACUUAUGACAUAUAUGUCGCUGAUAAUUGAUAAGUUGAAAAAUAGGGAUAAAUUUACACAUUCAGACAACGAUUCUCAUGAUGGUAAUGAUGUAAAUGAUGGUGGUGAUAGAGCAGCUGACGAUAGAGCAGGUGCGGCUGACGAUAAUGCGACUAAUGAUGAUAGGCUUAAUGAUGGUGCGGUUAACGAUGGUGUGGCCAACAAUGGUACGGCCAACAAUGGCAUAGCUGACGAUGAUAUACUUUCUAUUGACUUUUAUAACACAGAGGAGGAAGGUCAGUAUGUAAAUAGUUUAUUAGAGAAUUAUGGGUUGCAUAGGAAAUAA